AUGGCUCGCGGCCACCGGAUCGAAUCGGUGCCCGAGCUUCCCCUAGUGAUCGGUGAUUCAGCCGAGAGCGUUGAGAAAACAUCGGCGGCGAUUGAUAUUCUGAAGCAAUUCGAUGCUUAUCUUGAUACGGAGAAAGCGAAAGACAGCCACGCUAUUCAUCCCGGGAAGGGUAAGAUGAGGAACCGCCGAUACAUUUCUAGGAAGGGCCCCUUGAUCGUUUACGGCAUGGAGGGUGCAAAGCUAGUCAAGGCGUUUCGGAACAUUCCUGGGGUUGAGGUCGCUAAUGUAGACAGGCUUAAUCUUCUGAAACUUGCUCCCGGUGGCCAUCUUGGGAGGUUCGUGAUUUGGACCAAAUCAUCAUUCGAGAAAUUGGAUUCAAUCUACAGAUCCUUCGAAAAAAAACUUCGGAGAAGAAGAAUGGGUACUUGUUGCCCCGUUAAAAAAUGGUUAAUGCUGAUUUGGCUAGGAAUUCUCAACUCGGUCCUUUCUCCCCUUGCUUGUCUCAAUCUCCGGCCAAGAAAUCAGGAUUUGGGUCUGCCAAUUCCGGCCUCGAUGCACCCAACUCUCCCCGGAUUUUCACUGGCUGCCUCUCCGCCACCGAAAUGGAGCUUUCUAAAGAUUACACUUGUGUUAUAUCCCAUAGACCCAUUCUCUCUCUAA